CAAUAUACAAUUCCAAAAUGAUCACGGCCCGCCGAUCACCAGGGUUGGUCGACUUACUCUUUCUCUAAAGAAGACGAUCGACCACUUUCCGGCGAUUGUUAACGCUCCUCUUCCCCUUUUUUCAGGCAGCGAACUCUCUCUCCGGCCAAAUCAAGUAUGAUUUGUACUGGUGCGGUUGAGUUUUGAGUGAAUUGGAAAAGAAACUGUAUGUAUUUUGAUGCAUAUGCGAGAAUCUUUUUGACUGUUGCAUAGGUAUGUCGGUUAACAACAAUAAUAACCCUAACAAGAAUAUCGGAGGACCAUCCUCCUUUGGCAAUUCGCCGCCGGGUAAUCCGAUGGCACACCUCCAGGCACAAUCACAAGGCCAGCAACAGAUGCCUUCAGGGUUUCCUGGGGCAUUUCAGUUAUCGCAGCUAUCUGCUGCACAUGCCCAAGCAAUUGCUCAAGCACAGUCGAAAGUUCAGGCUCAUGCGCAAGCUCAAGCACAAGCUCAAGCUGCCCAUGCCCAAUUUCAGGCCCAGUUACAGGCUCAGGGUUUGUCCCUUAGCCAGGCUCAUGCUCUUGGCAAUUUUGGUUCUUCCUCACCCUCGAUGCCUGGAAGUGGUUUGGCAAAACGCUUACCUCAGAAACCUCCGGUGCGUCCACCUGCAUUCACAACUACUAACACAAUUUCUCCAAUGAGAACAAUGGAGCUUUCAGCGGCUGCUCGUAGGAAAAAGCAGAAGCUUCCUGAGAAGCACAUGCACGAGAAGGUGGCAGCUAUUUUGCCUGAAUCUUCCCUUUAUACUCAGCUCCUUGAGUUUGAAUCUCGGGUUGAUUCCGCUUUAACAAGAAAGAAAGUUGAUAUCCAGGAGUCAUUGAAGAAUCCACCUACUAUUCAGAAGACGCUUCGAAUUUAUGUAUUCAAUAGUUUUGCUAAUCAGGUGCGUACGAUUCCUAAGAAGCCAAAUGCUGAACCUCCUACAUGGACUCUUAAGAUUGUAGGAAGGAUUUUGGAGGAGGGAAUGGAUCCUGAUCAAGCUGCCAUGUUUCAGAAAACUAGCUCCAUGUACCCAAAGUUUUCUACUUUCUUCAAAAGAGUCACCAUUUCCUUGGACCAGAAACUAUAUCCUGAUAACCAUAUUAUAAUUUGGGACUCUGCGCGAUCUCCUGCACCUCAGGAUGGUUUCGAGGUCAAAAGAAAGGGCGAGCAAGAGUUCACUGCUAAUUUAAGACUAGAAUUGAAUUACAUGCCUGAGAAAUACAAACUUUCACCAGCUUUAACUGAAGUUCUGGGUAUUGAGGUCGAGACUCGUGCUAGAAUUGUCUCUUCUAUCUGGCAUUAUGUUAAGGCUCGAAAGUUGCAGAACCCUGAUGAUCCUUCUUACUUCAACUGUGAUCCUCCACUUCAGAAAGUUUUUGGGGAAGGAAAGGUUAAGUUCAAUACAGUCACACAAAAGAUCACACCUCAUUUGUCUCCUCCACAACCCAUACAUUUGGAACACAGGAUUAAACUUACUGGAAAUAACCCUGUUGGAACUGCUUGUUAUGAUGUAUUGGUUGAUGUGCCAUUCCCUAUCCAGAGGGAGCUGAAUGCUCUGCUUGCCAAUACCGAAAAGACCAAAGAGAUUGAAACUUGUGAUGAAGCAAUUUGUUCUGCCACAAGGAAGAUCCAUGAGCAUAGAAGGAGAAGGGCUUUUUUUCUGGGUUUUAGUCAAUCCCCUGUUGAGUUUAUUAAUGCACUUCUAGAAUCCCAGAGCAAGGAUCUGAAAGUUGUUAGUGGGGAGCCAAGUCGCAAUGUUGAGAAGGAGCGCCGGUCUCAGUUUUAUAGCCAACCAUGGGUUGAGGAUGCUGUUAUCCGCUACCUGAAUCGCAAGCCAGCUGCUUCUGAUGCCCCUGGAAGUGGAUGAGCUGAACUGGAUCCUUGCCUGGUGUCAGAAUGUUUCUGUAGAAUGUAUCUGACAUCAUUGUUAUCUCAAAUAGUCAGGAAUGUAGGUUUUGCUCGCAAUAUUGGGUGGGGUACAGGGAAGAAUUCCUCUGAAAGAAGCCUUAAACUAUGUUUGGUUGUUCUUAGCAUCUCCCUGUGUUAUGAAUAGAUGUUCAGUAUUUGUAUUUUCAUAAUCGAAAAAAAAAACUUUGUUGCUAUGUGCGACAAAACAUGUAAAAGUGUAGGAUAUCUGGAUGCGUUAAUGUCUGAUGAUAGGACUUAAAUUAUUGAUCUUCAUUAGCAUUC